UUCGGAAUCUGUAAUAAAAGCCGAGGCAGCGCUAACCCCGAAGUUAACCUGAGUGGACACGACGCAGAUACAAAACUGUCAACCGUGGAUCAGAGCUGAAACUUCUUCUUAUUUUGGCCAAAGAGGUGCAGCAUGUCCGAAAUGCUUGACGACAUCUUCACGAAGAACUUUCUGAACCUGGCCCUGGAUGAUGGCUUACUCCCACCACAGCCUCAACUCAAAGUCCCAGGGCAGAGUCGGCUGAACCGGUCAGCCUCCUUCUUCUCCUCCCCCUCCCCUCCUGAAUCCUCAGGAUCCCACAGCUUGAGCACUGAGCAUGUCAACAGUGACGACAAUGGCAGCCCUUUCUGGUCGACCAAUAUCUGGGGCCAGGCCCCCAUCUCCAAACCAAAACAGCCCCACUUCAGGCCUGACCGUUCCAUGAGCCUGACUGAGUCUAGCAGCAGCCUGCUGUCCUCCUUUGGGCAGCUGAAGAACAUGGAGGCUUUUCCCUCGGGCCCUGCUACUACCACUGUGGCCCCCCCGCCAGGCUUCCCCCCCUCGUCUACCUUCCCCGCCCAGGUCCCGCCGGUGCUGUCCUCUAACCGUUACAAGACUGAGCUGUGCCGUGGCUUCCAGGAAACUGGCAGCUGCAAGUAUGGCACUAAGUGCCAGUUUGCCCAUGGAGAGUCAGAGCUGAGAGGACUGUACCGCCACCCUAAGUACAAGACGGAGCCCUGCAGAACCUUCUACAACUUUGGCUACUGCCCCUAUGGCUCACGCUGCCACUUCAUCCAUGAGGAGAAAAUCAGUGGAGGUCCAUUGCCAUCUGCAAAAUUCUCUAAUCAGAGGCAGCCAACUCCUGCAGCUCCCAGUGGCCAGAAUCCAUGCCGCCAGCUUCGCCAGAGUGUCAGCUUUGCUGGAUUCCUGGGCUCCUCACGCAGCUCAUCUCCUCCAUUCCCUUCACCCUUUAAUGAUCCUAACCUGGGGUUCAGCCGCGCUCCCUCCGUUUCUCCACCUCCUGCUGACCUCCUCUCCCCAGUGUUCACCGACUCCCUGCAGCGGGAGGCAGCAGCAUUCCAGUUUGGCAACCACCAGACCCGUGCCAGCACUGGGGACAUCCACAACAUUCCUCUCAUCCUGGAGCCAAAGGCCUCGCGCUGUGUGUGCGGCCACGGAAAUAACUUUAACAGUAACAACAGCAGAGUUUUCGCAAGCAUGGAAGAGGAUGGGCACCACCAGGAUAGCAACAUGUUGUUUCCUGGUGCUGGAGGCCACGGGGCAUUCAACAAGGCUCCCACACUCCAGCGUUUCUCCUCCGAGGACUCCCUGGAGGACAGCUACAGCAGCUCCAGUGGAGGCUCCAGCGGAACCGAGUCUCCAACAUUCGAUGGAUCGGCCAACAAGAGGCUCACUGUGUUCGAACGUCUGUCCCUGUCUGACUAAGUGGAUCCAAAGGGAAAGAACAGAAGAGAACUGACGCUUAGUUAAUUGUGUCUGUCUGUCUGGACUUUCUUCACAACCAGAACUGAUCAGGACAAGUCAGCUUUAGAUGACACAAUAACACUUAAAAGUUCUUAAUUUAUGUUUGUAAAAAUGGAACUUGCCUUGGACAAACUACACAUACUGAGAUUAGCACAUCAAAAUGUUAUCAGAAUCUAUUUUUAUACUAAAAUAUUGUGUAGCCUGUUAGACCUUUGUAUAUGGUCUUCCAUUAGAGCUAACUUCUCUGCAGGUCUUGACAGUACCAGUAAAUACUCUGGUUUGUAGUUACCGUAAUUUGUUAGUUAUAAUCAUUAAUUCCAGUGCCUUAAAGAUUCUCCCUGCCUCAUAGGCUAUUCACUCUCAGUGCCACCAACAGUAUGUUUGAAUCAGUAGCCUUAAUCAGUGAGACUUGACAUGUGUCAUUGAUGCCAUUUUAUCUGUGAUAUGCACUUUACAGCUAAUUCAAACGGGAGAAAACCGUCAGAUCUCCCAGUAGCAUUCAACCAAAGCUUCAUACUUCACUCUGCUCUGUGUGUGUGUGCAAAUGAGUGUGUAUGUGUGUCUGUAAAUAUGCAUGUGUGGGUGUAUGUGUUGUCAUAUUUCUGAGACCUGGGGUGCAAGCAUACAUGAGUUUCAGAAUACGGAAAGAUCAAAGUGUGCUAAUAGAGGAACGUGCGUCAAUGACUACAGACGUGAAUGCCAGACACACUUUAUUUGAUUCAAUUCUGUAGAACAGUUCUGUACGCUAAUUUGUAAGUUGCACCCCAUCUUUUAUUGUGCCCUGUUUGUUUGACAGCCUGGUUCAGGGACUUUAACACCACAGUAUUCCUUUUGGUCAUUGGUUGCCUUGUGUUGUUUAACUUAAACUAAUAUAUUUAUUAUGAUAUUUAUUUGUGUUUAACGGAAAAAAAAAUGUAUUUUGUACUUUAUUUAUGGAGAAAUAUUUCAAGGUCUGUGAAAUACCAAUGUGAGAUAAAACUAAAUCUUAUAUUUUUGAUUGUCUGGAAAUGACAAAUAAAAUUCCGAAUAAAGAAAUGAAUAUA